UCUCCCUGUCCUCCGUUUAUUAUAAAAGUAUGACUAAAUGAUGACUGAACAGAGGAGAGUCUUUGGGUGCUCGUUGUUGUUGGAUGAAUAGACAGGCAAUCCUGGGCUUGAGACUUCCUCGCCAACAGAAAAACAUCAUCUGAUACUUUCCAAGCUGACAGCACAAAAGUAAAUACAUAGACAAUGGGAUUGACAUCUUCUGGAAAUCAUGUGGACAGCUCCUCUGAGGGUUCCUUUGGACACGGAAGAACGGGAAGACGAUGGUGAAUCUUCAGUCUUAGGAUAGUUAUGUAUGAGAUCCUUGUUUUACCUUAACGUUUCCGAGCAAGAUUGCAAUUGGAAGCUCCUCCAUACUUUCCUAUUGGGCUUAUUGAUGGGAUUUCAACUGUCCAAAACACGACUGGCGAAGCAUCAACUUCUGGAAAAUCAGAGAGAAAUUCCUACCAACUUAGGAAAACUCCAGUGGCUCAAUCAAGUUGCUACUGUUAAAACUGAUGGAACUGUACAGCUCGAAGUUCCACUUGACAUCAAGCCUCAGAACCUUGAUUUUGAGUCUGAAUUCCCAUCCAUUGGACCAACAGAUGAAGACCCUGGUAUGGCAGACAUUCAAGAUUUACCUCCACUGCAAAUAGUAAUGCUCAUUGUUGGAACACGAGGAGACGUACAGCCAUUUGUUGCUAUUGGAAAACGAUUUCAGGAACAUGGCCACCGGGUUAGACUAGCAACUCAUUCAAACUUCAGAGAGUUUGUCUUGACUGCUGGAUUAGAAUUUUAUCCUCUGGGUGGAGAUCCGAAAGUUCUUGCUUGGUACAUGGUGAAGAACAAAGGCAUCUUACCUUCAAGACCUUCAGAAAUUCAAAUUCAGAGAAAUGAAUUGAAGGAUAUUAUUCUCUCUUUACUUCCUGCAUGUAUGGAUCCCGAUCCUCAUUCUAACAUGCCGUUUGAAGCAGAUGCAAUAAUCGCUAAUCCUCCAGCAUGUGGGCAUAUUCAUGUUGCUGAGGCGCUAAAAGUACCACUUCAUAUAUUUUUCACAAUGCCAUGGACCCCUACUGGUGAAUUUCCGCAUCCUUUAUCCCGUGUGAAGGUACCAGCUGGGUAUAAACUGUCGUAUCACAUUAUUGAUGCAUUAAUUUGGCUUGCGAUACGAGACAUGAUUAAUGAGUUUAGAAAGAAAAAGUUGAAGCUUAGACCUGUCACAUAUUUAUGUGGAUCCAAUAGCCCUCCUCCUGAUGUGCCUAUUGGUUAUAUGUGGAGUCCUCACCUUGUCCCUAAACCUAAAGAUUGGGGCCCCAAGAUUGAUGUUGUUGGCUUUUGUUUUCUUGACCUUGCAUCAACUUACGAGCCACCAGAUUCUCUGGUGAAAUGGCUAGAAGAAGGUGAAAGGCCCAUCUACAUUGGUUUUGGUAGCCUUCCAGUUCAAGAACCGCGGAGAAUGACAGACAUCAUAAUCAAAGCUCUUGAAACAACUGGACAAAGGGGCAUCAUUAGUAAAGGAUGGGGUGGUCUUGGAAACUUGGCAGAACCGAUGGAGUAUGUGUACCUUCUUGACAACUGUCCCCAUGACUGGCUUUUUGCAAGAUGUAGUGCAGUGGUACAUCAUGGGGGUGCUGGUACAACUGCGGCUGGUCUUAGAGCCGCGUGUCCCACAACCAUUAUACCUUUCUUUGGAGACCAGACCUUCUGGGGUGAACAAGUAUAUGCCAGAGGAGUAGGUCCUGCACCCAUUCCAGUUGAUGAUUUCUCUCUUGAGAAGUUAAUUGAUGCCAUACGGUUUAUGCUGGAUCCUAAGGUGAAAGAGCGUGCAAUGGACCUUGCUGCAGCGAUGGAAAAUGAUGACGGAGUGGGUAGAAUGGUGAAUUCCUUCUAUAAGCAUUUUCCUCGCAGAAACUCGGGUUCAGAAUGUGAACCGUUGCCUGGUCCAUCUAGCUUUCUCUCGAUAAGACGAUGCUUUGGCUGCUCGUGAACUCGCAAGUCGAUUCAUUGCUACCGUUUUAUGUAAUCACCUCCAAUUGUUAGAUUUGUUGUGCAACAUGCAUCCUUAAAAUGUGACGAGGCAAGAAUAUACACUUCAUUGAAAUAAUUCGUUGUACAGUAUCAGUUGAUUUCUGAAGUUCACUGUAUUCAUCAACUGUCCAGCUAUCUUUAAUUCUGGCAAAUAUAAGAUUCAUGUACAAAUAAACCAAGGAAGAUGAAUAAUUGCCAAGUUCUAUUCAUUAUCUGUA